UCCUCCCGACCCAGGUCUCUCGUCCUCCUCGGAGUCCGGCCUGGCCCCCGCCUCCGGGAGGGAGCGGAAGGCGGAGACCGCGAGACUGGCCUGGGGGAGGGAGGCGGGCGCGCGUGGGGCCCGGGGGACGCAGCGAUGUCCACCGGCUCGGUGAGCGACCCCGAGGAGAUGGAGCUGCGGGGGCUGCAGCGGGGGUACCCGGUCCCCGCCUCUAAGAGGCCGCCCCUCCGCGGCGCCGAGCGCAGCUACAUCUCGCCCAGUGACAACUCGUCGGCCGAGGAGGAAGACCCCGACGGCGAGGAGGAGCGGUGCGCGCUGGGCGCGGCCGGCGGCGCCGGAGGCUGCAAGAGGAAGCGGCCCGGCGUGGCUGGGAGCGGCGGCGGCAAAAAGCCCCUCCCGCCCAAGGGCUCGGCCGCCGAGUGCAAACAGUCGCAGCGGAACGCGGCCAACGCCCGCGAGCGCGCCCGGAUGCGCGUGCUGAGCAAAGCCUUCUCCAGGCUCAAGACCAGCCUGCCCUGGGUGCCCCCCGACACCAAGCUUUCCAAGCUGGACACGCUCCGCCUGGCUUCCAGUUACAUCGCGCACCUGCGGCAGCUGCUGCAGGAGGACCGCUACGAGAACGGCUACGUGCACCCGGUGAACCUGACAUGGCCAUUUGUGGUCUCGGGACGGCCCGACUCGGACACCAAAGAGGUUUCCGCAGCCAACAGAUUAUGUGGGACCACCGCUUAGAUCGAACUCGGACUCACUCGAAGAGAUUAUUGAUUAAGCGCGUGUUUGGGGGGCCACGGAGAGAAAGGAGACAGCAUGAGAACCCCCAGAGAAAGGGAAGAAAGUUCCAUUGGAUUCUCCUAGACCAUGCCCCCGCGAACUGCGAACACCACAGGUGGCGGGCGUGGGGGGGCAGAGCCCGAGGGUCAGUGGCGUGGCUGUCAUCGCAGGGCGCACGGCUAAGGCUGCCCGGGAUCUGGGCGACGACACUUUACCUGUCCAGAAAGAGCCUCCUUCCGUUGAGAGCGCAGACCCAGAUCCAAACUCGGGCUUUAGCAGUGUAGACUAACCCCCGCGCUGUGGUCUGAGCCCAGCGCCAAACCGCCUAGGGGUUAGUUUCCAAGCUGAGCCAGGUGUGAUGCCACGAGUCUGCACAGCCUUCUAUGGUUAGGCAACGGUUAGAACGCGCUCUCGAUGAUCGCCUUUAAACACAGAAGUCUUCACGUGAGACCCACAUCGGGGCAUGUUUUUAAGUUGCAAAGAGAGGAGAGUGGCAUGCUUGGGCCAGGUUUGUAUCCCACAGGGCAGCGCCCUCCUAGCCGACAGGACGAUGACCUCUGCGCAUCGGGAGAGGAGGCACGCUUUCAGAGACCACCGGAGCCGGGUUUUGCCGCGAGCGCUUCCGGCCCCUGCCCCCCACCCCCAACCUGGCUGCGGUCUUCCGCCCACAACUCCUUGCAGCGCCCCCACCCCGACUCCUGACUGUCCCCACCUGGCCUCCCUCCU